UCAGAAAGAAGCCUGGCCCCAGGGUUUGAGGAAACCCGAGAGGUACAGAUCUCACUCAGGCUGUCAUGGGAUCUGCGCCGCACCCGGUCUUCCUCCGCUGGCCUCGGAGUCCCCAGAUUCUUUCAUUUUCUCAGUAGCUCCAGGAACAGAACUAAGAGAAGUCAGAAACAAAACAGUUAGACACAACAAAAAGCAGAAGUGGGCGCUCAGAGACUGACCGUCCCCGACGGGUCUGAACUGUGGCGGGUCCAGCCUGGCCUGUGUGUGGGAGAAAUGCCCCAGUUGGCCUCAGCUGUGUGGCUGCCCAAACUGCUGUUGCUGCUCCUUUUCUGGCUUCCAGGCUGUGUCCCUCUGCGUGGCCCCAGCACUGUGAAAGGUGCCGUGGGGGAAUCCCUGAGUGUGCAGUGUCAGUAUGAGGAGAAAUACAAGAGCAAUGCCAAAUACUGGUGCAGAGGCUCGCUGCUAUUGUGUACACGGAUUGUCAAGACCAGACCUGGAAAAGAAGCUAGGAAUGGCCGAGUGUCCAUCAGAGAUCAUCCAGCCAACCUCACCUUCACAGUGACCUUGGAGAACCUUUCCCUGGAGGAUACAGGCACCUACAAGUGUGGAGUGGAUGUACCGUUUAUCAAUGGCUCCUUAGGUAUUGAUCACUCCUCGUGGAAGAUUGAUUCCUCCUGGGGGAUUGAUGACUCCUUCAAGGUUGAGGUGUCUGUGGUUCAGCUCCGAGAACCAAUACCAGGGACACUUCCGGUGCCCACCAGCCUGGCCACUAGCCUAACUACCAGUCUGACCACCGAGGGUCCCACCCAAGGAUCUGUGAAGGAACACCAUGAGCACCCUAGGCCCCCAAGCUUGAGCCUCCCGGUGCUGCUGUCCGUGUUAGCUCUUCUGCUGUUCCUGUUGGUGGGGACCUCUCUGCUGGCCUGGAGGAUGUUCCAGAAGCAUCAGUUCAAAGCUGAUAAGCAUCUAGAAGUGUCCCAGAACCUCCGGCAGGCUGCUGAGCAGAGCGAGUCCCAGUAUGUGAAUCUACAGCUGCACACGUUGUCCCUGAGGGAAGAGCCGGCACCACCAAGACAGGUAGAGGUGGAAUACAGCACAGUGGGAUUCCCCCAGGAAGAGCUUCACUAUGCAUCCAUGGCAUUUGACUCAGAGAGGCAGGAUUCUCACACCAACAGGAAUUCCCCACGGCCGCCUCAGAACACAGAAGCAGAGUACAGUGAGGUCAGGAAGCCAAGGGAAGGCCUCUCUGACCCUCACCUGUGACUCCCUGUCACCUGAUCCUCUCAACGGUGACCACCACGUUCCUGACCUGCCUGCAGGCUGCUGCCCUCAAUGUCAUGAGCCUAGCUGGCUUCACUCAAGAUGAGCAGGAACCAAGGCUCCAUGGGGACAGAGGCUUGUUCCCACUGGCUCUCUUCUCUUAGCCUGCAUUUCGUUCUACCUUUGAGUGUGGAAGACAUAGCCGCUGAAUCCCUUGGGGCUUUGGGAAGUGACAUGGUUCAUAUAGAAGGACACUGGUGUUAGCUUUGUAGUGUCCACCCAGCAGGGAUGUCGAUGAUCUCUGGGGAAUGUGGAGAAACCGUGAAGAACCAUGAGAAUGCGAAGGAAGGGGGGUUGUGGAGGCGCGAAACACCAGCUCCCCCAUCUCACAGAGAACCAAAGCCAAGCUCUGAGGGAGGAGCCUGGCCCAUGACUCCGAAGUCAGGGGCAAGUUCCUCUGGACUCUUAGGUAAAAGAUGAAAUAAAUCUUAGAAUAUCUUCUUAAAGGGAGAAGAAAGAAAACGAUGUCUGUUAUAUGCCUAUAGCCCCAUAUUAAAGCCCAGCUUUGAAAUCAGAGGAGCCUUUGGGGUACAAGGGCUCGGGAAGGAUGUGACCAUUGGGCUGGAGAGAGUAAGUCAUAACUGUUGUUCCCCGAUGGAACAUACAACAGUAUUUUCUUACCAGCGUAAUUUUAAACUUGAAUCCAAAGCUGGCUGUGUUUCCAGCCCGC